AAUCAACUUGUCUACUUCUUUCAAUUCCAAUUCCAAUUCCAAUUCCAAUUCCCAUUCUCUCCCAUCUUGAGUCCAAACAAAUUAAAAGUAAAACACCUCUACCUUUCUUUCAUUCUCAUAUCUUUAAUUGUUUGACCAGAUGGCUCUUCUAAUUAACGAAGUCGACUCCCUUACUAACCAGAUCUUCUCCAUCCUUGAAAACAAAUUUCUUUUCGGUGCUCACGAGAAUAAUGCUGCUGCAAAAACCCGUGAAGAAGAUCACUUGAAAUCUGGAAAUCAGCUUUCCGGGAAAGUAAGAAUCCUAUCCAUUGACAGUGGGAGCUUUUCCGAUGGUAUAUUGGCCGCCCAGUCCCUCCUUACCCUCCAGACUUUUCUCCGUCAAAAGUCGGGGAAUCCCAAUGUCGUCAUUGCCCAGUAUUUCGACGUUGUUGCAGGCUCUGGUGCUGGUGCGAUUCUCGCCGCAUUGUUGUUUACUCGCGCUGAAAACGGCGCUCCCAUUUUUACUGCCGACCAAGCUCUUCAGUUCCUUCUGAAAAACCGUCGGAAACUCUUUCCCUCCUCGCCUCAGGGAAUAUUCCGUCGACUUUUCCGUCCAUCGAAGGUGAAGAAACUGUUGAGCAAAACUUUCGGGGAGCUGACUUUGAAAGAUACCUUGAAGCCGAUUUUGAUACCCUGCUACGAUCUCUGUUCCAACGCGCCAUUCUUGUUUUCCCGCGCUGAUGCAUUGGAAAUGGACGGUUAUGAUUUCAAGAUGAAAGACGUGUGCUACGCAACGUCGGCUGAUCCGACGGUUGUGGGAGCAGUGCGAAUGAAGUCAGUGGAUGAGAGGACGAAGAUCCUGGCGGUAGAAGGUGGGGUGGCCAUGAACAAUCCAGCUGCGGCGGCGAUAACACACGUGCUGAAUAAUAAGCAGGAGUUCCCGUUUUGUAAUGGGGUGGAGGAUCUUUUGGUCCUGUCUUUGGGGAAUGGAGAGUCCGGUUUCGGUUCCGGCGACCCUACUCUGACUCCCCCCCCGACAAGGUUUCUUAGAAUCGCCGGCGAGGGAGCUUCCGAUAUGGUUGAUCAAGCAGUAUCAAUGGCAUUCGGAGGAACUGGAAAUGGAAGCAAGUACGUGAGAAUUCAGGGGACCCCUAACGUUAAGCCAAAUAGUGAAAGCGAUGCAGUGAUGAGCGUUACAAAGGAGAUGCUGGGUCAAAGAAACGUGGAGUCGCAUCUUUUCAAAGGGAAAAAGAGGAGUGAGGUGACGAAUUUGGAGAAACUGGAGAUGAUGGGAGGUGAGUUAAUCAAAGAGCAAGAAAGGAGGAAAACCGGCAUCCUCCCCACGGUGGUGUUGAAGCAGAAGCAGUCAGCGGCAACGCCCAGAACCUCAUCGGCCUCCGCCACCACAAUUUCUUCAACUCCGUCUUCAUGGUCGUUAGACCAUCAAAAUUAAUUCACUUUCACAUCCCAAUUUUUACAACGCCAUUAUUAAUUCGUUUCAGGCUAAUGCUGCCGCUCGGGAUAUAAUUAAUUAAUACUAGUAAUAUAAUAUUAAGCGGUGUCCGAGCCGAGCUGAGCUGUAAAGUGUAAACUGUACUUAACUAUUUCUAUUGUUUUGUUCUUAUAUGGGGGUGGGGGUGGUUGAGAGUUGAGACAAUAGAGAAGCCUGAAGAGGCUUCUGUUCUAUUAUUAUUAUUAUUGUAUAGUCAGACAUAAUAUAUAUGUUUUAGUUCAUUGGUGAUGGAAUGGACUACAUUUAUUUUUCACUCUAUGAUAUGGAUGGCACGUUCAGAUA